UCUUCAGACAGGUGCCGGGGACGUCUUAACACCGGCAUGCUGUUUUCCAUAAAGCGUCUUUUCUAGGUGUGCAGUACCCCGGUUAGCUGCGCAUUGCAAGCCACGAUGACAAACGUGUUCAAGAAUCGCAUUCAGCAGGUCAAUGCCCCACCCACUAAAUCUAAACAAGCGCUGAACCUCGAAGAAGUGGCAAGGCUUGAACUCGGCGAAACACCUGAAACCAAAGCAGAGUCCUUGUUACGGCUACGCCAACUCUUAGCAGGGGAGCCAUCGUUGAAGAUUCCUUCGAGCGAUGACUUUCUUGUCAUGUUUCUGCGGGCCCGAAAAUACAGAGUAGAAGAGGCCUUCCAAGUGAUAAAAAACUACUUCCGCAUGCGACGAGAUGUACCGGAGUUUUUUAACGACCUUGUCCCGCAGAAAGUUCCCUUCAGGACAAUUUGCCAUCGCUACAAACUCCUGAUGAUAUCGCCUGAACCAGGCGAGUGUGGCAGGAAUAUGGGAAUCUUCAAUAUAGGUGCUUGGAGCCCUGAUAUCUGCAGCCUUGUGGACUUUACCAGAGCAGUGCUUCUGUUGACCAGCAGCUGGCUCCUUGAAGAUUCCCCCUCAAUAUGUGGGGCCGUGUGCGUCAUGAACAUGAAGGGACUAAACAUCUAUCAUCUGACGCAGCUCACACCGUCGUACCUGAUGAAAGUUGCUAACAUUAUGCAGGACUGCUAUCCCGUACGGAUGAAGGCUGUCUACAUAAUAAACCACCCGAAAAUCUUUGAAGUCAUCUUUGCUGCGAUCAAGCCGUUCCUGCGCAGUAAGCUGCUAAGCAGAGUCCACUUCGUUGGCCACGAAGAUUCUGAGUUUUGGGACAACUUUCCUCGCGACCUCGUACCAUCGGAACUCGGCGGGAGACGUGAGCACUUCGAUUACGAUCGUCAAGAGCAGUUUGUGCACAGCAAAAGUGACUUCUUCGAAACCUUGUGCGCCUGCGGAUACAAAAAGAAUAAAACCUGACAAGAGAUCGAUAAUUCGCUGCCAGACAUUGAA